CGCGAUCCAUUGAAGUACCAGGAAACCAAAACCCCAAUUUCCAAAUCCUAUACAGAAGAAAAUGGACGAUGUACUUACGGAGCUUCCACCACCAUCGAGAUUCUUCGAAGAAGACCUCGACAACUUCGCAACCCCACCACCUUCCCUUCCUCCUCCAGUCCUCCGCCUAAACCCUAAUCCCCCUACCCUCCGCCCUUCCAUCCUCAUAAUCGCCAUCUCCGCCCCUUCUCUUGCCCUUCUCCGCCGCAUCGCCCAUAAAACAAGAAUCGGAAGCCUAAUCCUCCCAGAAACCAAUAUUUCCUCCAAAUCGUGCAACAUCUACUCCAUCGAUCGGCAACCUUCUCCCGCCAUCAUUGCCGCCCUUAACCACAAGGUCUCCUACGAGAGGUCUCGCGCCGUCGCGAAGGCGCUGCUGGAUGAGAUCCGCGGAGAGAGAGUCCUGAUCUUGGAUUCGAUCAAGGUGGAGAGUUACAGGAGCCGGUUGUUGACGGAUGAAGCGGUGGGUUUCAAGCUGGAAACAUCGUCGGAGAGGCUAGGAGAUGAUCGUUUGAUUCGGGAUUGGGAGUACUUGCCUUCGGGGAGCGUGAUGGCGGGCCUUGGGGCGGCGAUGCUUGUGGAGUGUCAGAUGAGAGGUUGGAAGGCGACGAUGUGCGCGACAUGGCCGGAGGACGAGUGGUCUGCUGCGGUGAUGAAGCUGAGGGAUGUGAUGAGGGAUUUGGGAUUUGACUUGGAUGGAGAUGAGAGCGGGGACGAUGAUGAAAUUAAGGUUUCUUCCCGGUUCUGCUCCGAACUGUACGUUUGAGUUUAUAGCUUUGUUGGAGCUUUCUGAUUGGCGCCUUUUAUAGUAUUAUCUGGAGAGCGACAAAACUUCACUGGAAUAUCCUGAAUCAUCUUAGCUUCUUGUUUGACAGUAUGGCUGACAAUUACUCUGACCAAUUUUUGAAUGAUCGUUCGGCUCAUCAACUCCUAUCUUUCAGCUUUUUAGCAACUAAUGAGCUCUCGGCUGUCGAUGAACCAUUUUGUGGAGAAAUUAAUACAUGGGAAUUGCAGCAAAUCAGAUCUAGCAUUUCUAUCUCGAUGAUUAUUGCUGAUAGCCAAACACGUAUGUUGCCUGCACCUAAUAGUUUUUCCAAUAUCGUUUUUUAGUAGAUUUAGGUUUGUUUCUUCAUUUGGUGGAUCAAUCUUUUUAUAUUAAUCAAAUGUGGGUGCUUUAAACGUUGUGGGCGGAGAAGAAGGUGCAAUGGUGGAUUGCACGGCUUAUGUUGCUAGCACUAUGGGUGAAGGCUUGAUGUGAGUUUAAGAUCCGUUUGAGAUUACUGUAAUUUUUAUAAAGAUGAUUGUAAUGCUAUUGAAAGAAA